AUGUCUGGUGAAGAAGCACAUAUUUUUGUUGAUCUUCACACAGAAUAUUUCGAUUAUGAAACCCUUAUAGUUCUGGACUACUCCGGAUUGGUAUUCGAAAGCUUGCUGGUGAUACUCUACACUUUUUUCACCAACAAACAUAGAGAAAUAUGUGCCCAAUUCACUCAUUUGUGUUUUCAAGGUCCAGGCAGAAAUUUAAAGUCAUACUUUUGCCACGUUUUCGUACCAUGUGCAAUUUACAUAUUACUACAAGCAUUUGUAUUGUCGUUGAUGAGCAGUGAGGGUUAUAAAACCCAUGGUAUAUUCUUUUUGGAGUUUACUUACGAGUUUUACUUUUAUAUCCAAAUUGUUUCGGUUUUACGAAGUAUUCAUCAAGCAUAUAAAGACUUGGAUGGUCUGAUAAAGAAAAACUGCAACAUCAUGAUCAAAGAGCUUACCAAGGAGCUGAUCAAAAUGGAGCGAAUAAUAAGGGUCAACGAAAAUUAUGUCGCAGACUUCAACACGAUUUUUGGAUGGCCACUGUUUUUGUUUCUAUGUUCAAGUUUAACCAACGUAUUGGGCUGUAUAAAUGUAUCUCUCGUUCAAUAUUAUUCAACGAAAUUCGCCUUUGAUUCAAGAAAGAUUUCCAUACAAUGUGCUUUCGCAUUAGUGUAUUUGACGUCGCUUUUAGUAAUCGUUAAUUUGUGCGACAAAAUCGAGAAGGCAACCGAUAAAGUAGCAAAAUUGUGCUAUAGCUACCAAGAAAAUUUUGCCGCGUUUCCAAAUGUUAGAGAAGAGCUGUUUAUAUUGGCCAGAUGCGCGAAAAAUCACAAACCCAGUUUCACAGCUGGGUUUUAUACAUUUAAUAGACCCACUUUGACAUCGCUUUUAGUAAUCGUUAAUUUGUGCGACAACAUCGAGAAGGCAACCGAUAAAAUAGCAAAAUUGUGCUACAACUACCAAGAAAAUUUUGCCUCGUUUCCAAAUGUUAGAGAGGAGCUGUUUAUAUUGGCCAGAUGCGCGAAAAAUCACAAACCCAGUUUCACAGCUGGGUUUUAUACAUUUAAUAGACCCACUUUGACUUCGCUUUUAGUAAUCGCCAAUUUGUGCGACAAAAUCGAGAAGGCAACCGAUAAAAUAGCAAAAUUGUGCUACAGCUACCAAGAAAGUUUUGCCGCGUUUCCAAAUGUUAGAGAGGAGCUGUUUAUAUUGGCCAGAUGCGCGAAAAAUCAGAAACCCAGUUUCACAGCUGGGUUUUAUACAUUUAAUAGACCCACUUUGGUGGGCUUAUUGGCCGGGACAAUCUCUUACACCAUCAUCAUUGUGCAGUUUAACAUUAACAAAAAUUAG